GAGCGGGCUGCGCUGUUGCCCUUUUAAGCGAGCGGGCGGGCGCUGGAGGCCGGUACAAAGGGAGCUCCGCCGUGCCCCGCCGGCUGGGGCUGCCCCGGCCCCGCCAUCUUCCGCCCCGCAGGCGCGGCCGGGGCCAGGGUCGGGCCGGCCCAGUCGGAGUGAGGCGGCGGCAGUGCAGGCCCGGGCUCGGAGAUGAGGCCAGGAUGUCGGUGUCAGGGCUCAAGGCCGAGCUGAAGUUCCUCGAGUCCAUCUUCGACAAGGACCACGAGCGCUUCCGCAUCGUCUCCUGGAAGCUGGACGAGCUCCACUGCCAGUUCGUGCUCCUACCGCCGCCGCCGGGCUCCAGCCCGCAGCCGCCGCCGCCGCUCACCAUCCACUGCAACAUCACGGAAUCUUACCCCUCUUCAUCACCAAUAUGGUUUGUAGAAUCAGAUGACCCAAACCUGACUUCAGUCUUAGAGCGUUUAGAAGAUAUUAAGAAGAGCAAUACUCUGCUUCUGCAGCAGCUGAAACGAUUAAUAUGUGACCUCUGCAGAUUAUAUAAUCUUCCUCAGCAUCCAGAUGUUGAAAUGUUAGAUCAGCCACUUCCAGCUGGACAGAAUGGAACAACAGAAGAAGUUACAUCAGAGGAGGAGGAGGAAGAAGAUAUGGGUGAAGACAUUGAAGAUCUGGAUCACUAUGAUAUGAAGGAAGAGGAACCAGUUGAUGGGAAGAAGUCUGAGGAUGAAGGCAUUGAAAAAGAGAACCUUGCAAUCUUAGAAAAAAUCAGAAAAAAUCAAAGGCAAGAUCACUUAAAUGGUGCAGUCUCUGGGUCAGUUCAGGCUUCAGAUCGACUUAUGAAAGAACUCAGGGAUAUAUAUAGAUCACAGAGUUAUAAAACAGGGAUCUAUUCAGUGGAACUGGUAAAUGACAGCUUGUAUGAGUGGCAUGUUAAGCUUCUCAAGGUUGAUCCUGACAGCCCACUGCACAAUGAUCUUCAGGUCUUAAAAGAAAAAGAAGGUGUAGAAUACAUUUUACUCAACUUCUCUUUUAAGGAUAACUUCCCUUUUGAUCCUCCUUUUGUUCGAGUGGUUUCUCCUGUGCUCACCGGAGGGUAUGUCCUAGGUGGAGGUGCAUUAUGCAUGGAACUUCUUACUAAACAGGGCUGGAGCAGUGCCUACUCAAUAGAAUCAGUCAUCAUGCAGAUCAAUGCCACUUUAGUCAAAGGAAAAGCCAGAGUACAGUUUGGAGCCAAUAAGAAUCAAUAUAAUCUAGCAAGAGCACAGCAGUCCUAUAAGUCACUAGUACAAAUACAUGAGAAAAAUGGCUGGUACACUCCUCCUAAAGAAGAUGGCUAAUGCUGAGGACUGCUGUACACCUGGACCAAUGUCAACAAAACAAGCUCUUUAUGUUUUCCAACACACAGACUCAAGCUAUGAGUGCCCCUAUAACAGCUGUACUGAGGACUUUAGCUAUUAGAUAAGUUAGUGGAUAAUCUGUCAACUGACACGUACAGUAUAACUUACAGCCUUACCAUUCCGCUCUUCUUAGGCAUCUGGACUGAGCAGUUUGGGCCUUUACCGUAUUUGUUCUUACAGAUUAAGCAGAUUUGGGCCACGCCUUCCCUUCUCCCUUUUUUUGUUUGAAAGCAUAAGCUCUCCCUGCAGCAGGCUAUCAAUUUACUAAAGAUUGUACAAUAGGAGUGAGUUGUUCACACACUUCUGUGUAUUUCUUACUUUUUGCAAAAUGCAGACUGCAGAGACUUGCGUUGUAUUGUUUCAUUUAAAGCCAAGAAGUUUAAUACAUUGUUUAAUACUGUUUUAGGAAGUGUCAGGUCUUGCAAACCACAGUAGUUUUUCUGGUCUAAAAUGACAGCGUUUGUAGUAUUUUCCAAAUUGAUGAUAUAGGAAAAACACAUGUAUGUUAAGUCAUUAAACAUUUUUUCAUGGCUGUA